GAUUUGAGCUUCAUCUGUGGGCGCCCACUGCUUUAUCCGUUGAGGCGCUAACCUACGAAGGGCCGAAGAAGAGCCAACAGCCGACAGCGCAUGCCAUGACCGCUGGCGAGGACGGUGUUUGGAGCCUGUCUUGCCCCAGGAGGUGGUCAGGAAAGUACUACACCUACCGAGUUCAAGCCUACCACCCGCUGACCGGAAAGAUCGAAACUAUGGAGGCCCCUGAUCCCUACUCCGCUGCUUGCUCAGCAGAUGCGGGGCGUUCGCUCAUCUGCCAGCUACCUCCUUGGGACGAUUCCGCGCUGUCGCCGGCACCUCCCUUCAACCACCGCGCUGAUGCUGUCAUCUACGCUCCUCGGCUCAGCUUGGAGCUCCAUGUUCGAGAUUUCAGUGCCCGCGACAGCAGCGUGGCAUCUGCAAGCCGCGGAAAAUACCUGGCCUUCGAACAGGAGGGCACCAACGGCGACCGGCAUCUGCGAAAGUUGGCGGCAGCGGGCUUGACCCAUGUCCACCUGCUUCCCACGUUCGACUUUGGCACUGUGCCCGAACGCGCAGAGGAUCGAGCAGAGCCCGUAAUGCCAUCCACGGCCGGACCUGCCUCGGAAGGACAGCAACUUGCCGUGAUGGAGGUUGCAGACUCUGACGCUUUCAACUGGGGCUACGAUCCGGUGCUGUACGGCGUGCCAGAGGGUUCCUAUGCCAGUGAUCCGGAUGGUCUUGCCCGCGUGCUGGAGCAUCGCCGGAUGGUAGCAGGACUUCACAAGAAGGGCUUGCGAGUGGUCGCGGAUGUGGUUUUCAAUCACGUCUUCGGAAGUGGGCCAGAGGGUAGCCACAGCGUUUUGGACAAGUGUGUCCCAGGGUACUACCUCCGGCGCAGUGAAGACGGGCGGGUCGAGAACUCCACCUGCAUGAACAACACGGCUACUGAGCGCUACAUGAUGGAGCGCCUGGUUGUGGACAUGGUGCUGCGUUGGGCUUUCGAGCAUCGCAUGGAUGGCUUUCGCUUCGACCUGAUGGGGCACAUCACCCUGCAAUGCAUGCAAAAGUGCCGCGCGGCGCUGGAUGACUUGUCCUUGGAAGAGCAUGGGAUUGAUGGGCCAAGGCUUCUGCUCUACGGCGAGGGAUGGGAGUUCGGUGAGAUUGCCGGAGGAGCAAGGGGCAAUACCGCCUGUCAGCGUUUGCUCGCUGGCACCGGCAUUGCGUCCUUCAACGACCACUUGCGAAGCGCCGUCUUGGGCGGCAAUGCUUUCGAGGAUCCCAGGAAGCAGGGAUUCGCCACAGGCCUGGCUCUGCGCGCUCCAGCAGACAAGGCCACGGUGACCGGCACUGGCGAGCAAGAUUUGCGCAUGGCGGCGGAUGUGCUACGCGUCUGCCUUGCCGCCGGCCUACAGCAGUUCCGCUUGGAGCAGGACUGCCUGGGCAAGCGCAACCUGUUAGCCAACCAGGUGCAUGGGGGCCAGGCAGCAUAUGUGGCCGCGCCUGAGGAGGUGGUCAAUUUCAUCUGCGUCCACGACAACGAGACUCUUUACGACAGCACUGUGUGGAAGAUGUCACCGGAGAGUACAGAUCCUGAGGAGCGGAUGCGUGCGAACUGGCUUUGCAGCGCCUCACUGGCCUUUGGACAUGGUGUACCCCUCUUCCACGCAGGCGACGAACUCCUCAGGUCCAAGUCUUUGGACCGUGACAGCUACAACAGCGGCGACUGGUUUAAUCUCCUCGACUUCACCGGGGAAGAGUCGGCCUUCGGAACGGGCCUCCCGCCCUGGGGCAAGAACCACCCGAAGUGGGAGCUGAUGAAGCCUCUCUUGCGAGAGCCGAGCCUGCGGCCCACGAAGGAGAUGGCGGUCGCCACCACCGCAAAAUUCUGCGAGUUGUUAGGUAUCCGGAGCUCCACUCCUCUGCUGGGCUUGCGCGAGGCUGCGGAUGUCAUGGACAAGGUGCGCUUUCCCGGCUGUGGACCCGAUCAGAUCCCCGGCGUGGUGGUCAUGGAGGUGCGCAAUGGGCCUUCUUCCGCAGAGGGCGCCGAUGAUGCUCUGAUCUGCGACAAGUAUGCCAGGGUGGUGGUUGUGCUCUCAGCUCGUCCAGACGAGGUCCGAGUUGUCGCGCCUCCGAGCCCUUGCGGCGGCACCUUGGCGCUCCACCCGCUUCAGGCCGAGUCGGCUGAUUCGCGGACCAGGGAAGCCCGGGUCGACGAGGCAACCGAUGAGCUUGUUAUCCCAGCCUUGACGGCAGCGGCCUUCGUUGAGAUCCUCCCAGACCAGCCAGGCUUCAAGCCUCAUGAGCGCCGGGCCCAGUUCCGGCCUCCUUUGCGCGAGCGCCCGGUCGUUGGAGAUGGCCUUGGGCUGCUGACAGAUCCGGCAUGCGUACCCUUCCGAGGCCAUUUCGAAUACCGCUGGAAAGUCUACACAGACCUGAGAAAGCACAUCACCGAGACGGCCGGGUCUCUGACAGAGUUUGCCUGCGGCUUCACGAGGUUGGGCUUCACAAAAGCUCAGGAGACUGGAGCUAUCACAUACCGGGAGUGGCUGCCCCCAGCUAAGGCCGUGUCCUUGGUUGGCGACUUCAACAGCUGGGACGAGGCUGCUACGCCGCUUGAGCGCGAUGCUUUCGGAACCUGGGAGGUGACGCUGCCGGCAAACGCCAUUGCCCAUCGCACAAAGGUGAAGUUCUGUGCCACGAAGCACGACGGUUCCAAGGUUUACCGAGUGCCAGCAUGGAUCAAGUGGUCCUGCCCAGACCUGGGCAAGUUUGGCUCGACGUACGAUGGCUACUACUGGGACCCUUCGCAGCAGGCAGCUGGGGAGGACUACUGCUUUCAAGGUUUCGAAUCGGCACGCCCAUCGAUGCCAAGCUCACUGCGCAUCUACGAGGCCCACGUGGGUAUGUCGUCCACAGAGCCUAAGUGCAACAGCUACCUGGAGUUCGCUCGCGACGUGCUGCCACGCAUUAAGGAGGCUGGCUACAAUUGUGUGCAGCUGAUGGCCAUCAUGGAGCACUCCUACUACGGUUCGUUUGGGUAUCACGUGACGUCGCCUUUCGCGGUGUCUUCGCGGUCGGGCACGCCGGACGAGUUCAAGUUUCUGGUUGAUGAAGCCCAUCGUCUCGGUUUGCUAGUGCUUAUCGACCUGGUGCACUCUCACGUGUCGAACAAUGCGGACGACGGCCUCAACGGCAUGGACUUCGGCCAAGCGGAGAGCGAGUCGUACUUCAUGACCGGGGAUCGAGGCUACCACAAGCUGUGGGAUUCACGCCUGUACUGCUACAAGAACUACGAGGUGCUAAGGUAUCUGCUGUCCAACCUCCGUUGGUGGCUCGAGGAGUACAACUGCGACGGAUUCCGCUUUGAUGGGGUGACGUCCAUGCUGUACCACCACCAUGGGCUGUACAUGAGCUUCACCGGCAAUUAUGAGGAGUAUUUCGGCAUGUCCACCGAUGUAGAUGCUGUCGUCUAUCUCAUGCUGGCCAGUGAACUUGUUCGAAGUGUCCGCUCCAAUGCAGUGCUGAUUGCUGAGGACGUCUCUGGAAUGCCUGGCCUGUGUGUGCCGGUGGCUGAAGGCGGCAUCGGCUUCGACUACCGCUUGGCCAUGUCGCUUCCAGACAUGUGGAUCUCUCUACUCAAGGACGUCAAGGACGAGAACUGGGGCAUGAACCACAUCGUGUCCGCCAUGUGCAAUCGACGAAGGGGCCGCGAGAAGACGAUCGCGUAUGCGGAGAGCCAUGAUCAGUCGAUUGUGGGCGACAAGACCAUCGCCUUCUGGCUCAUGGAUGCAGAGAUGUACACAGGCAUGGGUGACGACGGCACGCCGGGAACCGUGGUGAUCGAACGUGGCAUGGCCUUGCAUAUGAUCAUAAGACUGCUGACCAUCGGACUCGGUGGAGAAGGCUACUUGAACUUCAUGGGCAAUGAGUUUGGCCACCCGGAGUGGGUGGACUUCCCGCGAGAAGGGAACAAGUGGUCCUAUGCCCACUGCCGAAGACGUUUCGACUUGGCAGACAGCGGGCUCCUUCGGUAUAGAUUCCUCCUGAAGUGGGAUGUGGCCAUGCAUGCUCUCGAGGACAGCACUGGCUUCGCCAGCGACGAGCACCUACUGGUCUCUUCCCAGCACGAGGAAGACAAAGUGAUUGUCUUCGAGCGUGCCAACCUUAUCUUCGUGGUGAACCUUCAUCCUGGCAACGACUACAAGGACUACAAGGUCGGCGUGCGGGAGCAUGGCAGGUACAAGAUCUGCCUGGAUUCUGAUGCCUUCGACUUCCGAGGGAAAGGCCGGACGGUGCACGAUUGGACCUACUUCUCGGAGCCCGAGGGA